ACAUGUAAAACCACGUGACCAUUGCAUCAUUGUAUACAAGCCAUUUGCAAUGGAGAAACCGCGUCUAGGUAGGCCUCCAACAUUAACGCAAUCAGCUCGUAAACGACAAAGAAAAGCAUCGUACGACAAAAAGAAGGCCAGAACUAUCGAUCUGGGAAAUUCGCUCGAGGCAUGGACUCGCCUGAAGAAUGAAAAUAAAUGCACAGACUCGGAGUUGGUGAAAAUGCUCAUCGCAUCACAUGCAAAAACAACCGUCUCGGCCAAAGAAAAUCCGAACAGAAGUGGGGAAAGAGCUUUCAUAAGAGUGAAUAAUCCAGAUCCCCCGUCCAGUCCAGAUGCAGGUGCCAUCCGUGAUAGUAAGGACGCAACUUUACAAUUUGAGGAAGACCUUGACAGUUCCUUUGCACAUAUAUUUGUGAUUGUGCGAAGACGGUGAAGUCUUGGGCAAGCCAGCCAGCAUUGCGUUACGGCUCUUUUCUGGGCAAUUUUAUGCUCAUGGCAUCAACAAUUUUGUCUGGCAACAACUAUCAAAAAGUUGCACUGCUGGCCAAGUUCAUAAAUCUUGGUCUCCGUCAUAGAACAACCUUCCAAAAGAUCCAGGGACAUUUUGUCGCUCCUACAGUUGAGCAGUACUGGAGUAAUAUUCAAGCCUCAGCCAUUGAAGAGACCAGAGCAACAAAUGUAGUCAUUUCAGGUGAUGGACGCAUGGGCAGCCCUGGCCAUUGUGCUAAGUUCUGCACAUACACCUGCAUGAACCAGCAGCCAAAAGGGAUCCUUGCCAUGGAGGUGGUUGACAAAAGGGAAUGCCAGCUUAAGUCUACAGUGAUGGAAACAUUUGCCUUCAAGAAAGCGUUUUCGGGGUUGUUGAAGGAGGGGGUGCAAGUGGUGGAGGUCGUAACUGAUGCCCAUUCUCAAAUCUCGUCACUCAUGAAGAAAGAACAUGGCAAGAUUAAACAUAGUUGGGGCAUGUGGAAUGGUGCGAAGAAUCUCGGAAAAAAGCUAUUUGCAGUUGCUCAAGAGAGAGGGAAUGAGUCGCUAAGACCAUGGGUAGAGCCUGUUGUCAACCAUUUCUACCAUGCAGCAGAAACAUGCGAAGGGGAUGCUCUGAAACUAAGUAUGAAGAUGGUAGCAGUCCUCAACCAUACUGCCAAUGUCCACAGAUGGAUACUCGGUGAAUGUGACCAUGAAGAUCAUGAUGAGGAUCAAGACAGGGGAAAUAAGCAAUGGCUGGAUCCAACAGGACAUGAGAUAGUGGCCCUGGAGAAAGUUGUACGUGACACAAGAUUCCUUGGAAAUCUUCACCACUACACCACAUGCCAGUAUGUAUCUGCUUCGUUAUUAAAAGAGUGCUGA